CGGAGGGCGGAGCCGCGAUGCCGCGAUGGAGCGCAGCCCGGGCGGGCGCCGGGGCCGGGGCCCGAGCACCAGGCGGAGCGCGAGCAGGAGCCGCAGCCAGAGCCCGGACCAGGCCGGGGUCCGGGACCGCCGGGCCGGGCUGCUCGUAGCGGCGGCGACGGAGCCCCCCAGCGGCUGAGGGGCUUCCUCCCAGCUCCUGCGGUGGCCGGGACUCAGCAAGCCCCCGCAGCCGGGGAGCGUGGGGAUCCCCCCACCACAUCCAGGACCCAGAGACCCUUAGGAAAGCGGGUGGCCCCUCCAGAUCCAACACAGAGCGAUUCCCCAGCGGGGGAAAGCGGAGACUACCUCCGUAUUCAGAAGACAGCGACCUCCCUGCGGUUCCGCGAAGACACCCCCUCUUCAGUCUGGGCCCCCACAAGACCUAGAACGCAGUGACCCCCCUGUCCGGGAUUGUGGGGACCCCUUCUCAAGAUCCUGGCCAUUACAACUCCACACCUCAAGACACGAAGACCCAGCUCAGAACGCCCCUAGAUCAGGGGUCUUAGACCUCUCCCCCCUCCCCGAUUCCGGCUCACAGAAACCCCAAAUCUAGGGACCCGAGGACAGCAAGAGCUAUCCCUCACCAGCAAGAGGCCUCGGGGACCCCCCCCCUCGAAGCUCCAGGACUGGGGCGACUGAGCCCCUCGCGGCGCCCUUCUCAUCCCAGCCCAUGGUUGUGGCGCCCUGAGCCCCCCGGGCCGGGCUGACGACGAAAACCGAGACGGCGCCCAGGCCCCCUGCCGCGGCGUCCCCGCGGCCCCAGCCCAGGAUUCGGAGAAGAUUCUGCCCGCUCUUCCAUCAUUCACACAUAGUCCACAGGCCACGGCCAGCCAGAAGGACCCGGCAGAACCUAACCUGGGCCCUGUCCGCAUUCCUGGACAUACUUCCCGCACACCUCUUCUCACCUGGGGCCACGACAGCCGAGAGCUGCAGCACAGAGGAAUCUUCGAAGGAAGUCUGUGCUUCCCUCAUGGUCGCUGAGCCAGCCCCCAGCAGCUCCAGGCCCGUGUCCUCCAGCUUUGCAGCCCAGGGGUCAGAAGGGAGAAGAUGAGCGUGGGCUGCCCAGAGCCCGAGCCGCCCCACUCCCUGCCCUGCUGUGGGCCAGGGACCGCCCCUGGGCUGGGUGCAGGUGUGCCCCUCCUCACUGAAGACAUGCAAGCGCUGACCCUCCGCACACUGGCCGCAAGCGACGUCACCAAGCACUACGAACUCGUCCGGGAGCUGGGCAAGGGCACCUAUGGGAAGGUUGACCUGGUAGCCUACAAGGGCACAGGCACAAAAAUGGCACUGAAGUUUGUGAACAAGAGCAAAACUAAGCUGAAGAACUUCCUGCGGGAGGUGAGCACCACCAACAGCCUCUCCUCCAGCCCCUUCAUUAUCAAGGUCUUCGACGUAGUGUUUGAGACCGAGGACUGCUACGUCUUUGCUCAGGAGUACGCGCCCGCCGGGGACCUGUUUGACAUCAUUCCUCCUCAGGUGGGGCUCCCCGAGGACACGGUGAAGCGCUGCGUGCAGCAGCUGGGCCUGGCGCUGGACUUCAUGCACGGCCGGCAGCUGGUGCACCGCGACAUCAAGCCCGAGAACGUGCUGCUGUUCGACCGCGAGUGCCGCCGCGUGAAGCUGGCCGACUUCGGCAUGACGCGCCGCGUGGGCUGCCGCGUGAAGCGGGUCAGCGGCACCAUCCCGUACACGGCGCCCGAGGUGUGCCAGGCGGGCCGCGCCGACGGCUUCGCGGUGGACACGGGCGUGGACGUGUGGGCCUUCGGCGUGCUCAUCUUCUGCGUGCUCACCGGCAACUUCCCGUGGGAGGCGGCCUCGGGCGCCGACGCUUUCUUUGAGGAGUUCGUGCGCUGGCAGCGGGGCCGCCUGCCGGGGCUGCCGUCGCAGUGGCGCCGCUUCACCGAGCCGGCGCUGCGCAUGUUCCAGCGGCUCCUGGCCCUGGAGCCCGAGCGCCGCGGGCCGGCCAAGGAGGUCUUCCGCUUCCUCAAGCACGAGCUCACGUCCGAGCUGCGGCGCCGGCCCUCGCACCGCGCGCGCAAGCCCGCCGGGGACCGCCCGCCGGCCGCCGGGCCGCUGCGCCUCGAGGCGCCCGGGCCGCUCAAGCGGACGGUGCUGACCGAGAGCGGCAGCGGCUCCCGGCCCGCGGCCCCCGCUGUCGGGCCCGCGCCUGGGCCCGCGCCCGUCCCCGUGCCGGUCCCCGUGCCCGAGCCCGGCCUGGCUCCCCCGGGGCCCCCCGGCAGGACCGACGGCCGCCCAGACAAGAGCAAAGGGCAGGUGGUGCUGGCCACGGCCAUCGAGAUCUGCGUCUGAGCCGCCCCCGCCGCCCUCGGGCCGGGGGCGCCGUGCAGCAGCCAGGCCGGGGCGCGGGGAGCCGCCCUGGGCCGAACCGGCCAGCCCCCCGCGGCGGCAGGAGGGAGUAGUGGUAGACGCCCGGCCCGCGGCGGGCUGGUGAGAUCGCCACCAAAAGGAGCCAAGCCCCCCAGGCCCGAGGAUUCAGAGGCCCCCUGACACCAGGAGCAAGGGAGCUUGCCGGCAGACUCCCCACACCUCCCUGAACCCUGGAACCCUGACUAGUUGCUCCCGGCCCUUUGCACCCCCUGGCAGAUCAUCCUGCAGGCCCACCCCCGGUCCUGCCCUCCCGGCCUCCCCAACCCCCAACCCCCACCCUGGGCACGAAAAGGGGCUGAAGUGCUGAGGCAGAGAAGGGCCUUAGGGCCCCUGGGCACUGGCUGGGAGGAGGGCGAUGAGCUGAGGGCGGGGGCGUUGCUCAGCGGCCACCUGCCCCUUUCCUGGGAGGUUGGAGGGAAGGGACCAGGCCCCCUGCAAAAUGUAGCAAAUGUCUGGAGGCUGCAGAAGUGUGUAUGUGCAGACACAGGGCCCAACUCCCCACCAUUCAGUCCCCAGAUGAGGACACUGAGCCCAAAAGGAGGGCAGCCAGCCGAGACCACACAGCCAGGGAGGUGGAGCUCUGGAGGCCCUCCCCUCCCCGACAGGGAUUUCAGGACGACUGAAGGGCUCCGGGGCCAGGGACCUCAGCUGCCCCUGCAUCCCUAGGCCAAGGGAAUGAGUGCAGAGCCCAGGGCCGGGCCCGCCUGCCCACCGCACCUUCCCCAGGCCCGGGAAACCUCUCAGAUCCUUCUCAGUCCUCGCUGCCCCAGCCCAGACUCAGGGGGCCUGGGCUCUUGGCAGGCGGCCAGGUGAUCUGUGCCAGGAAUUUCUCCUGAGUUUCUACUGGGGUCCAACAUGUCAGCCUGGGGCUGACCCCAUCCUCACAUGUCCCAAGUUUCUGGUACUGGGGUGUGGGUGUGAGAAUGGGAGGCCCUGGAAGUGGGAGGGGGUGAGUGUGUGAAUAGGUAUGGGUGCAGCGUGAGUGCACGCGGAGCGCACAUGUGUGCGUGUAGCCUCGUGUGUUCAGUGGCUGCAUCCGGACACCUCAGUAACUCUGCCCCAGGAUUCUCAGCGGGCAGCUGCCAGAGGGCAUCCAGGCCUGCGGUUCAGCACACCCCUCAGGGAACCCGGCAAGGAGGCACCUGCAGGUUGGUUCAGGACCCUAGGCAGCAAAACAGACCAGAGGGACCCAGCCUCACCCAGCACGACUCCACGACCCCCGCCCCCUCCGUGGAGGCCUGGGACCCCGCAAUAACCUCAACAUGGGUGAGGCUGCUCCCUCUGCCUGGCAGUGCCCCAUCCACUGUCCCGGGUCACAGCUUCCAGGGUUCCUCCUGGGGUUCUCGGCCAUUUGAGGGGGCUCCCUGAUGGGCCAGGAUGACCAGAGGGACCCCUCUGGCCUGAAGUCCCCACCUCUCCAUUCACCCUCAUUCCUACCGCGCAAAAGGGCUAUAGGUCCCCCUGCCCUGCCCGGGUCCAGUUUACAAACAGUGUGCGGUUGCCCCAGGGCCUGGCCCCCACUCCUCCUUGGUGUGCCCACCCCUCUUGAGACGCACCUCCCCAGCGGGCAUUGGGGCCCUCCACAUGCCAGGUAAGUAGCAAACCCCUCCUCCCACCAAGGGCCAAGUCUCAGAGAAGGCCCCCCCCAUCACUGCCCCCGGCCCACCUGGAGCCCAUCUGGGCACCUCUCCCAGCCGCAACUUCUCCUUUUGCCUUAGGCCUCUUGACAUCCUGUCUCUCCUGCAAUAACAAGGAAGCGAGAUUCCAAGUAGACGCCCCUUGCGUGCGCCCUCUCACACUCUCUCUCUUUCUCUCUCUCUCUCUGUUAAGAUCCUGUCUGAGAGUCUCUCCCUCGUCGUAGUAUCUAGGAUGUUAGAGUGGGGAAGGGAUCGUAGUUCUGUAGCCCAGCCCGUUUCCGGAGGCACAGAGAGGGGGCAGCAGCAGCCGACAAGGAAGCAAGACUGGAACCCGGUCGGUCUGCGCCCUCCCCGUCGGGGCCUUGCUGCCGCUGCCGCCACCACCUCUGCUGGUCGGGCUGGGACCCUGUGCCCCUUAGGAGAGGUGUUGGUCACAGAUGUUUACCUCAGUUUAUGUCACUGUCGAAGAAAAUACAAACAGCAAAAAAUUAAUAACAUCGUAAACAUGAAGACUUAGAAGAGAAAAAAACAAAACAAAAAAAAACCCUCGCGAUUCUUCUGUGAAGGUGUAUGUGUGUGUGCGUGUGCGCCUGCAUCUCUGUCCUCCCCCGGGCAGGCCAGGUCAUCCCUGCCCUCUGUCCCAGCCCUGUGCCCCCCACACUGCCCCCUAUCCUUCGGUGCUUCCCAGAUGCCCCUCUGAGCUGGCCUGUGGGGUGUGGGGAGCCCCUGGGGGGGGGAGGCAGGGCCACAGGUUAGCUAGAGGGUCCCCCACCAGGCCAGUUGAGCAGAGCCCUAAGGCUGCCCGUGCUCCCCGAGCCCACUGUGGCCGGCAGGACAGUCAUGGUGGCUGGCGUCGGCAUCCAAGCCUGGCUCAGAGCCUGGGUGGAAUCCCAGCCCCAGAGCCCCAGACCCUUAUGUUGCCACCGUCCCCCGCCAUGUGUUUGUAAAUACUCUGGCAUCCUUUGGCCCUGAGAAGGUUUUUAAAUGUGUUAUUUACUUCUCUAAUCAUGACAAUUGCUAUAAAAUAAAAGUUUAGAAAAAUUA